AUGCGAUCCGAUCAGUCUUUCGAACCGCCAAAGGGGACAUUACCCACGCUACAACACAGCAAACGCACGCUGAAACGUGGAACAUGCCCAGAGUACUCCUUAGUUCCUGAAGAGACUCAUGUGGCGAUACAAUGUCGCCGAGUUGAACGUGGCGGAGUACUUGACAUAACACGGCUGCUCGUAGUCACGACAACAAUGUUCAAACCUCUCGGGGUACAGCAGUGCUCGCUGUCAAUUGUGAUGACAUAG